GAGCUAGUUAGCUUUUUGCCCUGAACGACAGCUAAGUCACAACUUACACCGUAGUCAGUAAGAGACAGCAUCUUCAAGGAUUGCCACAUGGAUUCACCCCGGCAAUCUAAGAAGGGUAACCCGGGUAACAGAGAGCCAAAGCGCAGCCAGAAUCAGUCUGGCACCCCUCCUCAGAAAGAUGCCUAUGCUAGGCUUCUCAGUCAGCACCGCAGCAGCAAGUUCAGUAUGUAUCUGGAACAAUAUGCAAAGGAGUCAUCAUUUCCAAGGGAAGGACCUGGUCCGAGCACAAUGCUCAAGGCUCAGAGUGACAAGCUGAAUAUACCACAGCGAAAAAGGGACCAAGUGCCUAAUGAUUUCUCUGAUUCAAGUGACUUUUCCCCGUCGUCCAUGAAAAAUAAAGGAGAGGACAGCUCACUGUCUUUGUACAUGGAGAAACUAAGCAGUCGCAAUGCGCAGCAGGACUGUGAAAGGAAGCUCUGUGUGGCUGACAGGCAGCGGCGGGGACAGAGAAGGGACACCACCACCAGCCAAGACGGAGACAUCGAGUCAGGUGAGGAGCUCAGUUCUUUAAAACCAAAUGACUCGAAGAAACACCAGAAGCAGCAGAAGAAAAACAAAGACGUCAACAGAGAUGUCGCUUCUAAGGAAACAGACCCAGUCAUUGUACAGCCCCCCCAGUCCCCAAACAAAGCCAGUACAAAUAAACAGGAACAAGAGAAGAUGAAGAAGUCAAAGAAAAAGACUCCCCCCAAGCAUCCCGAGGAGGAGAAUGGCAGAGAUGGGAUGUUAAAAUAUGGGGUUGAUGCUCACGUGUCAAGGCCCAAGUCCCCUCAUGGUAAAGACAAACUGCAACAACCCAAAGCUUCAAGUGCAAAUUCUCCUGCUGACAAGAGUAGGAACAAAGGAGGCAGAUUAUCAAAGAAGCAAGUGUUUGAAUCCUACAUGACCUUGGAGGAGGUUUCCCAUGGCCUUAAAAGAGGAGAACUCAUUCAGGGACAGUUACGAAUCAACCCCAAGAAGUAUCAUGAAGCUUUCAUUCCAUCUCCUGAUGACGCCCGGGAUAUAUUUCUGGAUGGGAUUGUAGUUCGCAACAGAUCGCUGAAUGGAGACAUAGUAGUGGUGCAAGUCCUACCUCGGGAGCAGUGGAAGGUUGUGAGGUCUGAUACUGACUGUGAGGGUGCCAGUGAGCCAGACACCCAGAAAGACAACAUGGUGAGAAAAGCACAGAAGAAGACAGAGCACCCCCCGAGGCCUGAUGUAACUCUGGAAGACCGGUGUAGUGACCAGGAUGAGCUCAUCAAAAGAGUUCAGAAUGUCAACCUCACUCACACAGGGGAACCUCUGGAAGAGCCAUCAACUCCACCGUCCAAUGGGGAAAUAAUCCAAAAGACCGCUAAAGUGGUGUACAUUGUUGAGAAGAAACACUCCAGAGCUGUGACAGGCUUCCUGAAAUUUCUACCCGACAAGCCUUUCGCCAUGUUCUCCCCUGUGGACCACCGUGUGCCACGGAUUAACAUUCCCCUAAUUGACUGCCCUGAAGACUUUACCUCCCGCCCAGGUGACUACACCAGCACCUUGUUCAUCUGCCGCAUCACCAACUGGGCAGCCGACAGCAACUUUGCAGAAGGUCGACUGGCUAAGACACUGGGUCAGGCGGGGGAAAUCGAGCCAGAGACGGAGGGCAUCCUGAUAGAAUACGACGUGGACUUUUCUGAGUUCCCAGAGGAGGUGUUGGACUGCUUGCCGAAGGCCCUGCCCUGGACCAUCCCACCUGAGGAGUUGAGCAAGAGGAGAGACCUGAGGAAGGAGUGUAUCUUCACAAUCGACCCUGCUACUGCCAGAGAUCUGGACGAUGCCCUGUCCUGUAAACUGCUUCCAGAUGGUAACUUUGAGUUGGGAGUCCACAUCGCUGAUGUGAGUUUUUUUGUGGAGGAGGGCAACGCUCUGGAUGGCAUUGCAAGCCAGCGAGCAACGAGUGUGUACAUGGUUCAGAAAGUGAUCCCCAUGUUGCCAAGGCUGCUGUGUGAGGAGCUGUGCAGUCUGAACCCAAUGACCGACAGACUCACCUUUUCAGUCAUUUGGAAAAUCACACCAGAGGGAAAGAUUCUGAGCGAGUGGUUCGGCCGCUCCGUGAUUCGCUCCUGCGUGAAGUUGAGUUACGACCAUGCUCAGAGCAUGAUUGAAGCACCUGAGAAGAUGUUCUCUGCCGAAGAGCUACCACCUGUGGACCCGAAGUACCCCAUCGAUGAGAUUCACCAGGCUGUGCUCAAUCUGCACUCCAUUGCCAAGAACCUCAGGUCUCAGCGCUUCUCUGGAGGAGCUCUCAGAUUAGACCAGUUGAAACUGUCUUUCACCCUGGACAAAGAGACCAUGAUGCCUCAAGGCUGCUACGUGUAUCAGUACAGAGACAGUAACAAGUUGGUUGAGGAGUUCAUGCUACUGGCUAACAUCGCCACAGCCAACCACAUUUAUCGCAAAUUCCCUGAGCUGGCCCUGCUCAGACGCCACCCUCCACCCAAGACCAAGAUGGUGGAUGAGCUGCAGGAACUGUGUGAACAGUUGGGCAUUGACAUCGAUCUAUCCUCUGCAGGAGCGUUGCAUAAGAGUCUCAAUACCACUAUUGGUAAUGAUGAGUACUCCUCUGCCAGAAAAGAAGUCCUCACCCACAUGUGCUCCAGACCCAUGCAGAUGGCGCUGUACUUCUGCACAGGUGUACUAAAGGAUGCACAGUUAUUUAAACACUAUGCUCUCAACGUUCCUCUCUACACUCACUUUACAUCACCCAUCAGACGCUACGCUGACAUCAUUGUGCACCGGCUGCUGGCCUAUUCACUGAAUUGUGGAUCUAAGUUAGGGCUGUCAACGGAACAAGUCCAAAAACAGUCAUCACACUGUAAUGACAAGAAAACUGUGUCCAAAAGAGUCCAGGAGCUCAGCAGUGACCUGUUCUUCGGAGUGUUUGUGAAGGACUGUGGCCCUCUGGACUCUGAAGCCAUGGUGAUGGGGGUGCUGGAUCAGUCCUUUGAUGUGCUGGUUCUCCGAUACGGAGUACAGAAACGCAUCUACUGCAAGUCUAUCGUGGGCCUGGACUCAUUCCGCCAUCAUAAGGUAGGGAAGAAAUCAGAGCUGACUCUAAUCUGGACACCAGAGGACCCAGAAACAGGCCCAAUAGAGCAGGUCAUUUCCAUCUUCACAUUAGUGGAGGUGCAGCUCAAAGCGGACAGUGCGCCCAUGAAAUACAGUGCAAUGCUCAAGAGACCUGAAGAGAAUGGAUCAUAAGCAAUGACGUGCAUUCUGAGCACUCAAAAGCUUGUAUGGAAGAUUGGAAUUGCACAUUUUCUUUUAAGAUUGAUAAAACUAGACACUGGGCUGUGCGAUAUGACCAUAAUCUCUUAUCCGAAUAUGGGUCCUUUCAUAGUACAUUUUCUUUAGAUUAAUUCCAAAGGUAGUUCAUUUAAAGUAAAGUAAAAUAUAACCAGUAAACAAAACAUUCCUCAAAGUUUAAAUGAUAUUAUAUGAAAAUAACCAAAGUGCCGUAAACAAAAUCGAUAUUUGGCACAACGUCUUUGCAGAUGUAAGUUGCAAUACCAACCGUUACUCCUUCCGUCUUCAUGAUUGUUUGCUGUAUGGUGUGUUGCGGGUAAAAAAACAUUUGCAAUGACUGAUUCUGGGGUUUGUUUUGAGCACUUGACUACUUUCUUGGCUCUCAUACCCAAACCACAUCCAACAGAAGUAGUACGAACCCUUCAUUUUGUCUUGGCUGGUCAGAGUCCUCCCACUGUUUGGAACAGUCCCGUCCCGUGUCACGGCCACUCUCAACUUCCCGCAAAGUGUCAUCCAGAUUGACCGAGUAUUGCUGUGUGGUGUUAUUUGCGACACAACAAAAUAAGCAAUAGAGCAGUAUUUAGGAUGAUAGAUGUUUUUCUAACGUUAUAGGAUAUAUAUUGUCAUAUCGCACAGCCUUCACUAGACUUUUUAAAUUGUUACAUAGUUUAGAAGUAGUAUUUUUGUGGUAAGCAUGGAUAUCACUAGUCAGGUCGGAGACAGAUUUCAAUUUAAAUUCCCACUGAUGUGUAUGCCCAGUCCAAUGGUCGUUCAUGUUUUAGGCCAUUUACUGCAAAUCACAUACACACACCUGCUAAUCUAUCACCGUUACAAGGUCUCUGCAAGUUUGCUUUCCUUGUAAAAUGGCUGAUAAAAGUAGUUGGUAAUCUAAAACACAUAUGAUUUAUAGUAAGUGGUUUGAAACAUCUAAAUACUGAUCUGUCCAUUUAAAGAUGUUUAAGAAUAGCCUCAACCCAACCUGGUUUGUAAUUCCACUUUGUACCUAAAGAUAGUGAGAUAGUGAGUCACUGUUGUGUCCAGUCUGCCCUCAGUCUGUCAUGGGUGGAUACUGUUUACAGUGAAUCUUUAAUAUGGUGUCAGUUGACAGGUGUUAUUUGAAUAAACCAACCAUAUUUUGAAUCUAAAUGGUUACCGGUUUGCCUGGAGGGAAAAAAACUAAUAAAGUGACAUAAUAACGGUACUAAAUCAAAAAUAACAACAGCUUUUAACCUGGCUCAAAAUCUCCACCAGCGCUACUUCUUCAUCCUCCUGUGUUAAACUGAGGGCAGGCAGGAUGCUCCGGUGACUCACUAUCACUUCUUAAGGUACAAAGUGGUAUUACAAGCCAGGAUGUGCCACUGCUAUUCUUACAUUAAGCACAACAAUGAACUCACUAAUGGGCAGACUUUUGGGGCAAUUUUUAUGUAGUUCAGUGUGGAUUUCAAAUUGAAUUUUGGCCCAGAUCUGAAUGUGAAAGAACCAAAGCAGCAAUGGUUUUAUUUUGCUGUUGAUUUAUUGACCUAUUUAGGUCAGUUUUGAUGUGAUAUAAUUGUUGUACACAGUCUAAUGUGUGAAAACUGAAUUUGUAACUGUUUUCAGUUAAAUAUCUGAUUAUAGAUUGAAAGGCUUAUUCUUGUGUUUGCAAGGCAAUACUACUGGAUUUUACUUUAUUUGGCCAUCUUUGGCUUGCUAUUGUUGAAAUAGAAUUAGUUUUGACCACAGGAAAGCUAGAAAGGGUCAAACCAUGAAAAUAGCUAGUAGUACUAGUAGGCUUUCAUUUUAGUCAUGUGCCAACGCUGGAGAAAGGUCUGGCUGAAACCAUUAACUUUCUGCUAUAUGGGGAAAAUAACACUCUGCCUUGUUUGUAUUUCUUUACAAUUUUCUUUUGCGGUGACCAUGUUAUUGCAUAAUAGCAUCACGGGGAACUUGCUUUGGUGGAAAAUUUGCUUAAAAUAGCUAAAUCCCCGCAAAAGAAAAUGCCACAUAAAACAGUAAAAGAUGCAUAAGACUUUUACUGAUUUAAAAAAAAAAAAGGCAACUUCUCUGUGCCCUAGAAGUGAAGCCUGCUGAUACUUCACCUCUGGAGGAGCUCACUGGACUCAUUAAAACCAGAUGAUUUAAUAGCUGUAUGUAGCUCUUGCAGAACGUUAUCAAACAACCAUUUACAUCUAUGCAGUUAUGCCUUGUACGAUCCAAAUCUUUGUAAAAACUUGCCAUUUCCAGCACGUCGGUUGCUAGCUCGGACUAUUGUUUCACAUAGCGACAGUAACAUGCAGAUAGCCGAAGGGGAGGAGAAUUUGAACUGAAAUAGUCGACCUAUGGCAGGCUUAGUCUACAUCCUGUGAGUCAGACUACAAAAAACAUUUAUUAUCAGAUUUACAGAAAACUUAUAGCAUAAUUUGCUUAGAAAUAAACAGUAAACACAUGUCAACCACUACUUUUUAUAUUGUAGUAUUUAUGUAUUUAUAGUAUUUUAGUCAGUGUGCCUGAUGUGUUGGACCUUCAUCUCACAGUCAUGAAGUACAGCUCACAGGACUUGUCAUUUGAUUAAAUUCCCAUCAGGAUCUAAUAGAACUAACCUAUAGUUUUGGUCUAUACUGAGGUACAUUUUCUGUAAGUGUGUUAGUCAGACCAAAGCUGAAUAAUUUAUUAACUCCAUGUUGUUUUUAGUACAAUAAAUGGGAAUAACUUGAAUGUGUUGCUGCUAAAAUUAGUUGGUGGCCUUGAGCUCUUAAUAGAUUUUUUUUUCUUUUCCUUUAUUACACUUGGUUUGUGCAGCAUAAAUAUGUUAUGGACCUCAAUAUCAACUGUGAAUGUCAGCCUUAAUGUAAUCUAGUGAACAAAAGACUACAUUUAAUUGAACAUUUUUUAAAGACCUCCCCAUUGCUUUAACCAAGUCAGUGUGCCUCUUUAGUUCUCAUUCACCAUGACUUCAGUUGAGCGGUGCCAUGUGAUGACAUAGUUAGGUGCUAUGUCUUUUUAUUUUGGAUAUCAAAUCAAUUUUUUUGGAUGAUUUUUAGAAGAAGAAAAAAAAACGUUUUUUGUUUUUUUUGAAAAUACCACCAGCUAAUGUUAAGUUUUUUUAUUUUUCAUGGACUGACAGUUUGACAUGAGCUUUAAAUGUACAUUAAAACACAGUGGAUACCAACGCUACUAAAUAACUGUACUGACUUAUUAUGUGAUCAGAGUAAAGAAAUUAAGACAUCUCAGAUUUGAGAACCUGUUCAUCUUGUUAAAUGAAAAGAAAUACAGAAGUAUGACCUCUGUGUUUCUUUUGCAGUGUUUGAUUGUCACAUGUAACUUUGGUCAGCAUUCAAAGUGCAUUUGUACUCUGCUACUACCAUACUGAGCAAUAUACAGCUGUUUUUGUCUCUGAAUAAAUAAAAACAUACAU